AUGCGUCUGCUCAACACGAAAUCACUCCAAUUCGAGCAGUUUUUCGAUAGCCAAAUCCCAAAGUACGCUAUUUUAUCGCACAGAUGGGGCGAUGACGAGGUGACCUUUCAGGAGUUCCGAAAGGGCACGAAGCAAGAUGGUCAAGGCUAUGACAAGGUCAUAGAGUGCUGCGUUGUCGCCGACAGCCAAGGUUUCCAAUGGGUUUGGAUCGACACCUGUUGCAUCGACAAGAAGAGCAGCGCUGAGCUCUCUGAGGCGAUCAAUUCCAUGUAUCGUUGGUAUGAAGGUGCGGCGGAGUGCUAUGCAUACCUCUCGGACGUCACCUGGGACAUUGAAAACAGAGAAGCGUCUAAGCUAGCAUUCCAGGCAAGCGUGUGGUUUACUCGUGGAUGGACCCUUCAGGAACUGCUCGCUCCUCACAAGGUGAUGUUCUUUGAUCGUGAGUGGAAGUCUUUUGGAACCAAGAGAGAUCUGUCUAAGGAAAUAUCAGCCGUGACAGGAAUCAGCGUCGAUCACAUGGAAUCGCAGUCCUCGGCAUGUGUGGCAACAAAGAUGAGCUGGGCGUCGAGCAGAGCGACCAGCAGAUUGGGGGACAUGGCGCACUGUAUGCUGGGUUUGUUUGACGUCAACAUGCCGCUGCUUUACGGAGAGGGGAAAAAAGCUUUCGUGAGACUUCAGCUGGAAAUUAUCCGGAAGUCGGACGAUGAGGCAGUCUUCGCCUGGACUUCGUCAAGAGUCAGUCAUGGACUGCUGGCUCCCUGGCCGACCUGUUUUGCCCAGUCGGGGGACAUCAAGGUCCACGCGUCCCUGAAAAAGAAGAGGUUCCCCUACCUUAUGACAAACCAAGGGCUGGAAUUCGAAGUGCCAUGUCGGGGGCCUUUUUUCUUUUCAAGUGGAGGGAAAGUAAAGUGGGAUCAGUCGAAAGACAGAUUAUCACUCGCACUCAAUUGUUGGAAGGAGGGGGCGAAAGGUCCUCUUGCCGUCACGAUCAUACUUGCCAGACACGGCACCACUUGGCAAAGAGAGGGUUGUGACAAGUUGGAACUGAGCAAGUCCGUCAGGGGUUCCGUGAGUUCCAACGGGGGAGGCAAGUACACGAUCCCGAUACACAUACACCAGCAGAGGCUGUGA